GGGGCGGGAGCGGUCUUCAGCUCGACCCAGUUUGAAAGUGAACGGACGGUCCAGUCUCAGCUUCAGCUACCAGACGUCAACAAUAAGCCGACUUGUCAACAAAAAAGAAAAAAAAAAAGAAAAGCCCCAGUCCCGAGUGCACUUCAGCCUGUCGCCGGCCCUCCUAACGAGCCGCCACCAUGAUGCGAAAGGAUGUGAACAAGCCCAAAGGGAAGACGUCGGCGUACGCCUUCUUCGUCCAGACGUGUCGAGAGGAGCACCGCAAGAAGAACCCCGAGCAGUCGGUCAACUUUGCCGAGUUCUCCAAGAAGUGCUCGGAGCGGUGGAAGGGUUUGUCUCCCACCGAUAAAAAAUGUUUCGAGGACAUGGCCAAGGCCGACAAAGUGCGCUACAACAGGGAGAUGCGAGACUACGUCCCACCCAAAGGCUUCGGAAAGCGAGGUCGCAAGAGGAAAGACCCCAACGCUCCCAAACGGCCUCCGUCCGCCUUCUUCGUGUUCUGCAGCGAGUACCGUCCCAGCGUCAAGCAGCAGUACCCCGGCCUCUCCAUAGGCGACUGCGCCAAAAAGUUGGGCGAAAUGUGGAGCAAGUUGUCACAGUCGGACAAACUGCCGUACGAGGAGAAGGCGCAAAAACUCCGGGAGAAAUACGACCGGGAUAUGGUGGCAUAUCGGGGCGGCGGCUCGUUCACCAGGAAUCCCGGUUCCUCUGCUCAGGGCGGCGAGGAAGAGGAGGACGACGAAGGCGAGGAGGACGACGAAGAGGAGGAGGAUGAUGAGUAGGGACCCAUAUAUGUGUGUGUGUGUGUGUGUGUGUGUGUAUGUAUGUGUGUGUGAGCGCAAGUGCAAGAGGAGAAGAGGUUAAAGUCCAAUAUCAAACAUUUUUGCGUUAUUGUAUUUUUUUAAACGACACGUCUCCGAGCUGCUGAUUGGCUCAUAAAGCGGCAGGGACGACGCUUCAAAAGAGCCAAUCAGAGGCACUUGUGUUUCCUCGGUCACAGCCAAACCCCCCCAAUAGGCUGACACCUUUUUUAUCAUUUUAAUGACUUGAGUUCUCAAAAGCACCUUGCUUCCCGCGUGGUGGGUCCCAGAUGUGACCAAAACACUCUGGAUGUGCGAAUGCGAGCGUGAGAGAAGGUGAGAAAGACGAGGUCCGAGGAGGAGGUUACUAGAGCCCCCACCCGCCGCCACUGUUGCCAUGGUUACCCCUACACCAGCCCCCUCAGCCAAGCUUACCUGUAUGUUGCCAUGGAGACCCUGGACUCUUCAUUGUCAUGUUUUAUUUUGUAUUUUUUUUUGUUCACAGUCAACGUAGAAACAACUUUUAUAAUAAAACCAGAGAGGAAAACGCA